UUCUCCAUAAACCCUAAAUUUUCUCACUUCCAAAGUUCUUAACACAAUUUCUGUAAUUGUAUCUUAUUCAGUUUUUUCAUAUAUGCAGAGGCAAAUUAGGGAAGAUAAUCAUUUGAAGCAUUAUUGAUAAACCUCAAUCAUUACUAUUAUAAACCCUAAUUAUCAAUUGGGGGAUUUUGUUGAAAUUUCAAAAAAAAAAUGAGUACUUUGACUACAACAUGGUGUCCAAACUCUUUUCAGCUUCGGUUAGCAUUCAGAAGCAAAAAGCCGUCGGCAGUUUUUGCAGGAAUGCGUGUCGGCAAGCUGGAUUAUCGUGGGGUUCGUUUGGUUUCGAUUACUAUGAAUAGUGUGUCAAAUGGUGGAGUGGAAAAAACAAGUGCAGGAGGUGUAAAUUCGACUGCUUCAGCAGAUGGCUUCUCUGGAUGGUCUGGAGCUGAUGGUGCUGAGAAACCUAGUGACUCACAGGGGAAGAAGUCCAUCGCUGGGAUGGUGGGAGCAGGAGCAGCUGGUAUUAUCCUUGUGUCUGGCCUUACCUUUGCUGCAUUGUCAAUAAGCAGACGGAGUUCAACAAGAAUUAAACAGCAGAUGGAGCCCUUAACAACACAGGAAGAAAUGUCAAUCGAUUCUGACAAUCAUAAUGACACAGUUCAAGAGGAGAAUGUUUUAGGUGAUAAUGAAUUCAAAGAUAAUAGCGGUGAAGAGUUCCAGGCAAGUAGAAUUAGUGAGGAUACUGAUGAUGGCAAUCCAUCCAGUGUUGGUGUCUUCGUUGAUGAGAGUCACGAGACCCAUAUUCAGAAUGAUUUGGAUGACAGGAAAGCUAGUGAUGAUGCAGUAGUUGCUAGUGAAGCCAUAUCUGAAUCCCCUGAAGCAACCUUUGUCAUGUCAAGCUAUGAAAGUGAGGAAGAUAGUCUUGGUGCUGGAAAACCAGAACCAACAACUGAACCAGAACAGAAGAACUAUAAUGAUGACGAAGUUGCUGCUGCAUCAGUUAUAAGUCCAAAUUCAACAUAUGAAAUUGAUGACCAGGUGGGAGUAUCUAGUUUGGAAGGACCAGGACACUCCGAAAUUUCAUUGGACUCCCCUCCUAUUGAGCCUUCUAACCUCAACACUGCUGUUAAUCCGCAAUCAGAAGCACUUUUAGAACCCAUGAUUACACGCGAAGUGUAUGCAGACACUCAAAGCUCAUUUUCCACCACCAAUGUUGACCUGACCGAAAUGCUGGAGGUUCCAAGUGAUGGAGAUAAGUCAUCUUUUGAAGUGCAUAAGUCAAACAGAGACGAAGUGCCUGGUACAGCUUCGGUUUCAACAACAGCUUAUGACCAUCUUGGAAACGAUUUUAAGGAUAUGCAUGCAAGCAGAUCAUCUUUUAACUCAACGGAUCCUGGUGAUGUCUUUACUUCUGCUGGUAUUCCUGCUCCAUCUACUAUUUCUCCAGCUCUGCAGGCACCUCCAGGAAGGGUUUUGGUUCCUGCUUCGUUUGAUCAAGUCCAAGGUCAAGCGCUCUCAGCAUUACAAGCUUUGAAGGUUAUUGAGUCUGAUGUUCAACCUGGAGAUCUUUGCACUCGGCGUGAAUAUGCUCGUUGGUUGGUCUCUGCUAGUAGUGCUCUAUCAAGAACCACUGUCUCAAAGGUCUACCCUGCAAUGUAUAUUGAGAAUGUCACUGAUCUUGCCUUCGAUGAUAUUACUCCUGAGGAUCCAGACUUCCCGUCUAUACAAGGUUUAGCCGAAGCAGGGUUACUUUCCAGCAAACUCUCAAGACGUGACAUGCAGUCAUCUUUGGAUGAUGACCAAAGUCCUGUCUUCUUCUGUCCUGAAAGUCCUUUAUCACGUCAAGAUCUUGUCAGCUGGAAGAUGGCGAUAGAGAAAAGACAGCUACCAAUUGUUGACCAAAAGUCCGUUCAGAGAGUCUCUGGGUUCAUAGAUGUUGACAAGAUUCAUCCAGAUGCAUGGCCUGCGCUGGUAGCUGACUUAUCAUCAGGUGAACAGGGAAUAGUGGCCCUUGCAUUUGGGUACACAAGACUCUUCCAACCAGAUAAACCUGUCACCAAAGCCCAAGCUGCUAUUGCCCUAGCAACCGGUGAAGCUUCUGAUAUCGUUGGUGAGGAACUUGCACGCAUUGAGGCUGAGUCAAUGGCUGAAAAAGCUGUUUCAGCCCAUAAUGCUCUGUUAGCUGAAGUUGAGAAAGAUGUGAAUGCAAGUUUUGAGAAGGAACUCUUAUUGGAAAGGGAAAAGAUUGACGCAGUGGAGAAGUUGGCUGAGGAAGCAAGAAGAGAGUUGGAGAGUUUGAGAGCUCAGCGGGAGGAAGAGAAUUUAGCAUUAAUGAAGGAACGUGCUGUUGUUGAUUCAGAAAUGGAAAUUCUUUCCAGAUUAAGACGCGAUGUAGAGGAGCAAUUACAGUCCCUUGUGAGCGACAAAUUAGAGAUCACCUAUGAUAAAGAGAGGAUUGAAAAGCUUAGGAAAGAUGCAGAAUUUGAAACCCAAGAGAUAGCACGUUUGCAGCAUGAGCUGGAGGUUGAGAGAAAAGCAUUAUCCUUGGCUAGGACUUGGGCGGAAGAUGAGGCUAAGAAAGCUAGAGAGCAAGCAAAAGCUUUGGAAGAGGCUAGAGACCGUUGGCAGAAGCAAGGCAUCAAAGUGGUAGUUGACAAUGACCUGCAAGAAGAAGCCAAUGCUGGAGUUACAUGGCAGAAUGCUGGAAAUGAGUCUGUUGAAUCAACUGUUAAUAGAGCUGAAACAUUAGUGGACAAGCUCAAGGAAAUGGCUGAUACAGUGAGAGGGAAAUCAAGAGAGACAAUUCAUAUGAUUAUUGAAAAAAUAAUGUUGCUGAUCACUAUGCUUAAGGAGUGGGCAUUAAAGGCAGGCAAGCAAACAGAGGAGUUAAAGGAUGCUGCCAUGUCGAAGAUGGGCAACUCAGUACAAGGAUUGCAGCAAAGCUCAGCUGAAGUUGGUUCAGCUCUCAAGGAUGGUGUUAAGCGCUUCGCCGAUGAUUGCAGGGGCGGAGUUGAGAAAAUCUCACAGAAAUUCAAGACAUGAAAAUUGUGUUAUAUGAAAGACUCUUGUAUCCUUUUUUGCCAUUUUGGUCAAUAAAUUCUCUGAUUGGAGCAGUCAAUUUUGGCCCAUAUAAGCUGGUGGACAUUGACAUCCACCAGAAGAGAGUAAUAAAAGAAA